AUGACGCAUUACUCCCGCAAGCCGCAGGUGUCGUCAAAGAGUGCCAAGGCGAAGGUUAGCGACCUCCGCUGCCACUACAAGAACACCUUCGAGACCGCAAAUGUGAUCAACGGCAUGCCACUCCGCAAGGCUCAGCAGCUGUACCGCCAGGUGCUCGCCAAGACCCGCUGCAUCCCGUUCAAGCGCUACAACGGCAAGAUUGGCCGCACCGCUCAGGCGAAGGAGUGGGGUCAGACGAAGGGUCGAUGGCCGCGCAAGUCCGUCGUGGCGAUGAUGUCGCUGCUCAAGAACGCCGAGGCCAACGCCAUCGAGAAGGGUCUUGACCCCAACCAGAUGGUCAUCAAGCACGUACAGGUAGACCAGGCUGCCCGCAUGCGCCGCCGCACGUUCCGUGCCCACGGCCGCAUCACACCGUACAUGUGCAGCCCCUGCCACGUGCAGCUUUUCAUGUCGGAGAAGAAGGCGCGCGUGCCAGCCCCGAAGAGUGCCCCGAAGAAAUAG